AUGGCGGAUAAGAGUAGCGACGGAAGCUUUGUCGACCAUGGCCAGGAAGCAGAGCUCAAUGAGGACUCGAAGCCGCAGUGGAGCGUCGAGAAGUUGGGCUGCAAUGACUACGAUGACGAUGACGAUGACGACGAUGACGAUGACGAUGACGAUGACGACGAUGACGAUGACGACUCCGGCGUCGUCAUGUGCAGGACGACCACCCCGCGGGACGUGCGGCGCUCGGCGUCUGUGGCGCGGCGAGAAAGAGAGCACGGCGAACGUCUUUUGCUGAAUAAUAAGCGCCUUGAGAAUGAAAAGGCAGAGCUCAUGCGCACCAACGCGUUUCUUCUUGAAAGUAAUCGAGUGCUCGCGCAUGGCGUUAGCACAUUGGCGGACGCGUUUGCGCGGCAACACGACGAGUCACAGCUUGUAGAUGCGGGUCUGAUGCGGGGUCUGCGGGAGAUAAGGGAAGCUGUACAGUUACUGAUCGAAAGAACUCCAAUGUCGUAA